UCUCACUAGCGGCCCUCGAGUUGAGUCUCUCUCUCUCUCUCGUGCGGGAACGAGUGAUAAGGGGAAAAGGGUUUCAGGCUGUUUGUCGUGCCCGAGCUCUGCGUGGGUAAAGAGGAGAGAGACCAGCGUACGAGGAUAUUGCAGAAUCUGGGAGAGCACUUAUCGAGGAGCAAAAGGGUAACGAAUCCGGUAUCUAUCCUGUUCCGGGCGUGACUUGUUCUUUCGUUGCACGUACAUGUCCAGAGAGAGAGAGAGAGAGAGAGACCUCGUGUGGCAUCGUUUGUGAAAGAUACCAUCAAGACCCAAGAGGGGUGGUGACGUAAUAUCCGUUCCUUGAGACAGAGACAAAAGGAGAGAGCGGUCAGGUCCGUGAGCGACGGAUACUUGUCCCUGAGAGGUACAAGGAGGAUUUGAACGAGGGGGAGAUUGUACUGUGUUUCGCAUCAGUGUAGUUGUGGAUAAUGGAUUUCUGGCCUGAGUUUCUUGCGAGCAGCUGGGGCAGAGAAUUCGUGGCCGGCGGGUUCGGCGGCACCGCCGGGGUGAUCUCGGGUUACCCUCUCGACACCCUCCGGAUACGGCAGCAGCACUCCGGGUCGGGCUCGGCCAUCAGCAUCCUCCGGAAGAUCGUCCGCGACGGUGGGCCGGCCGCACUGUACCGGGGCAUGGGCGCACCCUUGGCUUCCGUCACAUUUCAGAACGCCAUGGUAUUCCAAAUUUACGCGGUCCUUUCUCGAGCAUUUGACUCGUCUGUUUCGGCGAGAGACCCUCCUUCAUACAAAGGUGUUGCUCUGGGUGGGGUUGGCGCUGGGGCUAUGCAGAGCCUUAUCCUCACCCCUGUAGAACUGAUCAAGAUUCAGCUUCAAUUACAGGACAGAAAAUGCGCCCAAUCUCAUCAACAGCAGCAUCAAAGGGGAGCAAUAAGCAUCACCAAGUCCAUAUAUAAACGCGAAGGGUUGAAGGGCAUGUACCGUGGACUAGGGAUCACGGUCCUUAGGGACGCGCCUGCCCAUGGAGUCUAUUUCUGGAGUUACGAGUACAUGAGAGAGAAGCUCCACCCAGGCUGCAGGAAGAACAGCGACGAAAGCUUAAGAACAAUGCUAAUAGCUGGAGGGCUAGCUGGAGUAGCAAGCUGGGUUUUUUGCUAUCCAUUGGAUGUGUUAAAAACGAGGCUACAAGCUCAGUCCCAAGUAUCCCCAAUGCAAUAUAAUGGGAUAGUUGAUUGUUUCCGCAAAAGUGUACGAACAGAUGGCUAUGGCGUUCUGUGGCGAGGACUGGGGACUGCAGUCGCCAGAGCUUUCGUGGUGAAUGGGGCUGUUUUUUCUGCUUAUGAGAUUGCCCUUAGGUGCUUGUUCAACGACAGCAGUGAUCACACAAAACAUCAAAUAGAAAAUGCCAUUUAAGGGCGGACACAUUAGCACAGCUUUGUCUUGGGGUAACAGACCAUAUAUAAGCCAGAGUAUUGUCGUGUCUCCUAUAAGUUCACAGACAUUGUGCCCGGAUAUUCACUCACAGAUCUGAAGACUCAGAAAGUGAAAUCGACAAGGAAAUGAAGGGGGAAUGUCGCAUGGAACACAGAUUUGAUUGAUGGGAUUAUGUCGAAUCUUUUAUC